AUGUCAUCGUUUAUUGAAGUGCCCGCCGGCUCUGAUUUUUCAAUCCACAACUUGCCUUAUGGAGUUUUCUCAACCAAAAACAACGUAAGUGUUUAUGUAUUUACUGUUAUUGUCAUAACCUGACGUUGGGGUACAAUUUUCUCUAUUCUAGUCAUGUAAAGGGGCCACACCGGCUCAAUUUUUCCAAACUAAGCCUUGGUUUGAGCUCCAGCUUUCAGGCUCAUAUGUGCCGGCACGAUCCAGCUUAAACCAGGGUCGGCUGGGCUUAGAGAGUCGCUUUAAGGUUUAGUUAAAUUAAACUUUCUUUCCCAUUGCUCGACCAUUUUACUUUAUACAACAUUCUAAAUUAGCCUGACAUAUAAUAUUUUUUUGUAUUUUAGCCAAAAAAGCGAAUUGGAGUGGCCAUCGGAGAGCAAAUCUUAGACUUAUCUGUAACCAAACAUUUGUUUACUGGUCCAGAAUUAAAGAGUCAUCAAGAUGUUUUUACUGAGGUAAGUACUAUGUAAUGUAAACCUCAUUUUUCAAAUUUUCUUAAAAUUGAAGUAAUGGGUAGCGUCUGUAUAAGGAAAACUCGGUAUAUAACGAUCAAAUUUAGGGUUACUGAGCAAUUCGUUAUGUUAGAGUUCUAUUUAAUUAUUUUUUAAAAACUUUUUAACAAUAUUCACAUUACUAUUUGUCCAAAAUAAAUAAAUUUUGAGGCGCGCCAUUCUUUUUGCAUCAAAUUUAAUUUUCUGUAAAAUACGAAAAGAUCUAGUACCUCGUUUUAUUCAGGAAACCUUAAACUCAUUCAUGGCCCUCCCAAGAGCUGCUUGGGUCGAAGCUCGUCAAAUCCUACAAAACUUGUUAUCUACAGAAACGACUACAUUGCAAAAUGACAGUAAUCUACGCUCGCAAGCUUUUGUAAAACAAUCUGAAGCUCAGAUGCAUUUGCCAGCCAAAAUUGGAGAUUAUACCGAUUUCUACUCUUCGUAUUAUCACGCCUUCAAUGUUGGUACUCUGUUCAGAGGAAAGGACAAUGCUUUGUGUGAAAAUUGGUAUGUUAAUAUGAAUUUUUUUAGCUAUACCUUCUGAAAUGUUUGUGCUAAUUUCUAAAAAUUUUUUUGUUUUUAGGAGACAUAUCCCAAUUGCCUACCAUGGUAGAGCGUCAAGUGUUGUUGUAUCUGGUACUGACAUCAUUAGACCUAAAGGACAGACCAAGGCUGAUACUGGUAAGUAUAUACUUACAUUUUUCAAAUUGUGUUUGAGAUUAGGCAGGCAAUUUUGUUUUAGGCAUGGGUGGGGUAAAGAACAAUUUUUAAAAAAAAGGGCGGGUUUUUAAAAAAUUUUUGGAAAAUGUUUCUUUAGGUCAAUUAAACUCUUUAUCUACCCCUAUUUUAUUAUCUACCCACCUUCCCCCUUCACUUUCUUUAAUUUAAAAAAAAUUGUUUUUAGAAUCCACCCCCACCUAUGGCCCAUCAAAACUCUUAGACUACGAGCUAGAAAUGGCUUUCUUCGUCGGUGGACCACCAACCAAGCUAGGCGAACAAAUUCCAAUCGACAAAACCGAAGACCACAUCUUUGGAAUGGUGAUCAUGAACGACUGGAGCGCUCGCGACAUCCAGAAGUGGGAAUAUAUCCCAUUAGGACCAUUUUUGGGCAAGUCGUUUGGUACUACCAUCUCACCAUGGAUCGUCACAAUGGAAGCUUUGAAGCCAUUUUUGGUGGAAAACCCAAAACAAGACCCUCAACCAUUGGAAUACCUACGUCAUAAUGACAAAUACAGCUUCGACAUCAACCUUCAAGUAGCUAUUCAACCCAAAAAUUCCUCAGGACCUAGUCCAGUCUCCAAAACCUCACUUCGUCAUCAUUACUGGACUCUGAAACAACAACUUGCUCAUCACACCGUGAAUGGUUGUAACGUGAAUCCAGGUGAUUUACUAGCUUCUGGCACGAUUUCUGGCCCAGAAGACACUGAGUAUGGAUCGAUGUUGGAGUUGAGCUGGAGAGGAUCGAAAUGGAUCCCAGUUGGCGAGGAACAAAGAAAGUUCUUGCAGGAUGAGGAUCAAGUCGUCAUGACAGGCUACUGUGAGAAAGAUGGCGUUAGAGUUGGAUUUGGAGAAUGUCGCGGAAAGGUCUUGCCUGCUUUGAAAUAA